AUGUUUUCUGCUCUCUACGACUCCAAGAGCCCCAGCAGCGGCCGCACUAACUCCAGAGAGUCGCGGGGGAAGCAUGUCUCAGUCAGGCAUUUCAGCUUCGGCAAGGAUUCCGGCCUUGCCUCGUCCCGUCAUCGGUGCGGCCAGCAUGGAGCAAGCCCUAUUCGUGCCGCGACCGACUCACCAACCUGCCAGAUGCACGCGUUGCAGACAUCAAGCCGUUCUGGGGAGUUGCAGAUUCGUUCCCCCAUCCAGGACGACUUUGCUGUCCAGGAGAGCUCCAGGACCACGUCACAGUGCCAUAGUUUUGAGCCAUGUCUCUCUAUCCCCCGUCUGCUCUUGCCGGAUCAGGAUUCUCUGGGAAUGGCGUCUGAUCUCUCUUCCAUCAGCAGUGAAAACCUUGGCAGUGUGAAUACGCCCGUCACCCCGGCCCUGUCGAGCCAGGCCGGGCUGUCUGGUAACAAUGGAACGUUGCGGAGCUUCCGACACGCAGAGCUCUUGCGGUUCUACAGGGAACACUGGGCUUCAGGGUUAGAUUCACAAGAUGACGGCCGUCAUUUCACGAUACAUGUGCCACAACUGGCCUUGAACACUCCGAUUCUUCUCAACGCCAUCUUUGCUGUUACCUCUCUCCAUCAGAGCAGGCUCUUGGGGUCUUCGCCAUCGGUUGCUGAACAAUACCACGGGAAAUGCGUCAAGCUCCUCCUCCACAUGCUCGAGCAUGAACAUGCGCCAAUGGACGAUGUCCUGCUCGCCACGACUGUGAUUCUCCGAGUGUAUGAGCAAAUGAACGGCUCCUUUGGGGAUAACGAAUGCCAUCUACUUGGUGCGUCCGCGAUAGCAGCCACCCAAUCAUCUGCCAGCGGGUCUCUUUGGAAAGCCGCAUUCUGGAUCUAUCUUCGGCAGGACAUAUACAUGGCAAUUCUAGACCACCGGCCGGUCAGGAUCGACCUCUCCAGAUGCUGGCUCUGGAGGGAACCCCAGCCGAGAAACGAUGCCCAGUGGAGCCAGCUGAUCAUGCUCAUCGUCGCCGAGAUUACCAGAUUCUGCUUCUCCCAGCCGACAGCGAGACGCGCCGAGAAAUGGCAGGAGCUUCGGGAACAGGUCGACGAAUGGCGCCGCCUUCGGCCCCAAUCGUUUCAUCCGUACUAUUUUGCCGAGCGAAAUGUGGAAAUGGGUCGAUAUUUCCCGGAGAUCUGGCUCUCCGAGCAAUGGCAUGUCACGGCAAACAUAUACUACGAGAUUGGCCAGUCGCUGCUUCUAAUAUAUGACCCAGAGCCGGUAAUCGGGAUCGCCGCGCGUCGGCAUCACAACAUUGUUCAGGUAGCGACGCCCCCAAAACACGCACAACGCCGGCCGUCUGCUUACAUUGCCUCUUCACAGGCCCGUAUGGUGGACCGCGCGCGCAGAAUCUGCGGCAUAUGCCUUUCGAAUCCCACCCCAGAGACGCGGCGGACAUGCUGCUACGCUAUUCACCUGUGUUGCCCGUACAUAUCCAACCAAAAAGAGCAAAGGCUCGUCGUCCAAAUUCUAAAAGAUACCGAGGCCAAAUUGGCCUGGCCAACCGAGUCCAUUGUACAAGCCUUGAAGGAAGAAUGGGAACCAAUCUCCCAACUUGAAGAUAAAAACAGGGGCUUUAUUGAUACCUGA